GCUGGAUACCUGGGGACACCUGGGAUCGUCACUCGCCUUAGCGGCAAGUUUCGCCGCCGGCUCGCCGGCGCCAUGUUCCUGGCGGGCUCCGGCGAUGCCGAUGAGUUCGAGAGCCUCUUGGAGAAGUUGGCCAUGAGGCACCACGUGGAGCUGGCAGAACUCCGGGGGGAGAUCUCGAGGCUGGAGGGGGACUUGGUGCAUGCGCAGCGAUCUGUGCGGCACAGCAGGAUGGAGGAGACUGCAGCGCCCUCCCCCGCCUCGGCGUCACAGCCGGUGGAGCUCGAGACUUUCGCGGAGGUCAUCAAGAGCAAGAACACCUCCUUUGGAAAGAGGUCCACGGGAGGCCUCACCUUCAUGUCCGCCGACCCGAAGCCCUUCCCAUCGGCGGCCGUGAUGCAGCGAAUUUUGAGGCACCCCUUGUUCGACCUCAUCAUGUGCACGGUGAUUUUCAUCAACACCGUGGUCUUUGCUUUUGAGGCGCAGUAUCGAGGGCUGCACAUGGCCAACACCCUGGGCUACCCGGGGGCGCCGGACACCUCCAACCUUUGGCCUGGGGCGGAGGAGGUCUUCGAGGUGCUGGAGCUCUUCUUCGGCGUGAUCUACACCUGCGAGGUCGUCUUCAAGCUCUUCGUCAUGGGCAAGCAAUUCUGUUUCGAUGCCUGGAACUGGAUCGACGCUGCCAUUGUUCUCACUUGGCUCAGCGGCAAGGUGCUGGGUCGGUCCAUCCCGGUGAACUCGCAGGUCUUGCGACUGCUGCGAAUGGCACGGCUCAUGCGCUUGCUGCGAUUGGUUCGUCGAAUUCAGCAGUUCGAUCACUUGUUUAUGAUGACCACGGCCAUCCGGGGCUCCUUCGGGAUCUUAGCCUGGACCUCCGCGGUGCUCUUCUUGGUGCACAUGAUGCUCGCGCUGCUGGUGCAGCAGUGGCUCUUCUACUUCUACUUCGAGGAUCCGGCGAUGACGCUGGAGGAUAAGAAUCAGAUCUUCGAGUACUUUGGCACCUUCAGCCGCUCGUUGCUCACCUUCUUCGAACUCACCUUGGCCAACUGGGCCGUGCCCACCCGCGUCAUGGUGGAGAAGGUGAGCGAAUGGUCCAUGCUGCUUUGUGUGAUCCACAAGCUCACGGUGGGCUUCGCAGUGAUUGGUGUGAUCAACGGCGUGCUGAUGCAGGAGACAUUCAAAGUCGCCCACACGGAUGACUUGGUGAUGCUGCGAACCAAGCAGAAGGCCGUGGCCACGCACGUGGACAAGAUGCGGCACUUCUUUCAGGAGGCAGACACCUCGCAGGAUGGGCAGAUCGAUUUCGAGGAGUUCGAAGCCAUCAUGAACAACAAGGAGGUGAAGAUUUGGCUCUCUGCCAUGGAGCUGGACGUGCGGGACGUGAGGCAGCUCUUCGACUUGUUGGACCACUCCGGAGACGGGGACGGCACCUUGACGGCGGAGGAGCUGGUGCUGGGCAUCGCCAAGCUCAGGGGGCCGGCCCGGAGCAUUGACAUCAACGAGAUCAUUUUUCGGCAAGAGAAGCUCGAGCGGAUUUUGUCCGAUGUGAAGACGGAUGUCACCCGAUUACAAGCGAGGAGACCGCAUGCUGAGAACCCAGAGCUCCUCAAUGCUCUCCACCAAACCGGAUCUGUCCCCUGGAGUAGAACCGGUGCUGGGUGAUAUCGAUGAGCGCGAGGGUGAUGUGGGCCUUGCGGUGUAGGGCUGGUCCUUAGGCUGAAUGUGGCGAACCCACAGGACCUUUUUGGUGUUCUUUUUGGUUGGUUUGCGUAC